AAGCUCGACGAACAACUACCCUGCAAAAAUGUGGUGGUUGUGCAAAAUUUUUAUUUUCGGUGUUGUGAUCGUGGCUAGUUUCGCCCAAACGAAGAAACCAAACAUUAUAGUGAUAGUGGCCGACGAUAUGGGCUUUAACGACGUGGGUUUUCACGGAAGUAACGAAAUCCCGACCCCAAACAUCGACGCUUUGGCUUACAACGGCGUCAUCCUCAACAGCCACUACACCCAAGCCUUGUGCACCCCUUCUCGCUCCGCCUUCCUCACCGGGAAAUACCCCAUCCAUCUGGGAAUGCAACAUCUCGUUAUACUUGAACCUGAACCAUGGGGAUUGCCACUGAACGAGACCAUUUUGCCGCAGUAUUUGAAGAGGAAUGGAUAUGCCACACAUGCCAUAGGUAAAUGGCAUUUGGGGUUCUUCCGCAAGGAGUAUACGCCGACGUAUAGGGGUUUUGACUCACAUUUUGGGUACUGGCAGGGAUUGCAGGAUUAUUAUCAACACACUGUGCACGCAACCUACACACCAGAACACGGUUACGACAUGCGACGUAACAUGACCGUCGACUGGAGCGCCAAAGGCAAAUACUCCACGACUCUCUUCACCGAAGAAGCCGUCCGUCUAAUCCGCGAACACGACACCGAAACCCCCAUGUUCAUGUACCUCGCCCACUUAGCCCCCCAUUCCGGCAACGACGACGACCCUCUGCAAGCCCCCGACGAAGAAAUCGCAAAAUUCGGACACAUCGCCGACCCCGAACGCCGAAUCUACGCCGCUAUGGUCUCCAUGUUGGACAAAAGUGUGGGCAGUGUGGUGGCCGCCUUGAGGGAUAGACACAUGUUGGAAAACUCGAUUAUUGUGUUCAUGUCGGAUAAUGGGGCGAAGCCCGACGGAAUCCACGCCAAUCAUGGCUCGAAUUACCCGUUGAGAGGCAACAAGAAUUCGGCUUGGGAGGGGGCCAUGAGGUGCGUAGCGGCGAUUUGGAGCCCCCUUAUCAAAAAACCUCAACGUGUCUCGAAUAAUCUCAUGCAUAUAUCGGAUUGGUUGCCGACUUUUUACUCAGCUGCGGGGCUUAAUAAGACUGAAUUGCCGAAAAUGGACGGGGUUGACAUGUGGGCCGCGAUUUCUGAAGGGAAAGACAGCCUCCGGACUGAACUUUUACACAACAUUGACGAAAUUUACAAUUAUGGGGCUCUCAGAGUCGGCAAUUGGAAAUAUCUCUACGGGUCCACGACCAAUGGUAAAAGUGAUGGGUGGUAUGGCUCCCCAGGUCGUGACCCCCUUUACACGUACGAUGACAACGCCGUUUUGGCGUCACAAACCGGUUCAACCCUCGCAGGUCUCACAACAUACCAACAAAUCAAGGAAAAACACCAAAGAGAGACCACGAAUUUCACCCAUAAACUCCUCGACGGUGACACAAUCAAAACCCUUCGAAACUCAGCCGAAGUCAAGUGUCCUCGUGUCAAUUUCGAGGAAAUCCCCGAAAGUAAGAAAUGUAACCCAGUCGAGUCCCCUUGUCUCUUUAAUAUCAAGGACGAUCCUUGCGAACAAAUAAAUUUAGCCUCGGAACGUCCCAUGAUUGUCUUAAACAUGGAAAUGGCAUUAGCCCGAUUCAAACAAACGGCUUUACCCAUCAGAAACGUCCCGAGGGACCCCAAUGCCGAUCCUGCCAAAUGGAACAACACUUGGGUCAAUUGGCAAGACUACGAAGAUGUGAAAAAACAGAAAAUUUACUUCAAUACUUUGUCACCACUCGCAAUUGGCUUAAUUUCAGCAGCAGUUGUCGCCUUUGUUGUCGUUAUAAUCAUUUUGGUAACAAUCACAGUGAAGGCGUCUCGGGAUAAGAAAAAGGCCGGAAAAGCGUUUUUUGACGACCCCAUGGAGCAAAUGGUGACGAUGGCACCCAAACCACAAAUUUUCGAAGACAGAGAAUUGCAAAAUAGGGAGAGUCUCAGGAACGAGUUCAGGACGGUGGAAUAGGAAACAGGCGGCUUUUCGAGAGAAAAGCUCGAUCUUGUUUCGAUUGUGAUUUAAACAGCUUUGGGUGUUUCUUAUAGAAAUGUCUACAAGCAAACUGGCUUUAAGUUAUUGUAAAUAUUUAUUUUAAUGUAGAGUAAAAAUAAAUUUAUUGAAUAAA